AAAAUGUUCCCCCUAAUUUAGUAUGAUCACGUCCACUAAUCUUUGACCUUUACUGCAAGAUGGCUUCCCCCAAGAAAAAAGUCACGUUGGAAUACGUUCCUCCAGAAAAAGUGUCGAAUGAGCCUCUACUUGUCCAGUUUACCAAUGGGAGACUGAAGCCAGACAAUCCGCCAAACUUUGGGUACUUCAAGAGCACAGAAAGUGAUGAUGUGAGGAAGAGAAACAGGAGAGUCUUGGUGGCAGAAACCAAGAGAAUGCAGUAUGUUGGUAGGAACUUUGGUCCAAGUGCCCCAAGAGGAAACUCUCUUUGCAAGUACAUGGUCGGUGUGUUGGACAAAAACACAGGGAAGAUGAGAGUUUAUGACACUAACUCCUUCACUAUGAGGCCAGUAGUACAUGACAAAAAUCAAGAAAAAAACAAGGAUGAAGUAGAUUUGACAUACCAGGAAAAGAAUGACAGACUGGUAGAUGCAUUUGGUGGUGCGAAAAAGAAGAGAGCCAUGGAGAGUCGACUCAGGGACAAGGUGAAGAGGGAGGCUCUGGAAACAGCUAUGGGAGCUGCUGUAGAGGAUGUCAUGAAAACUCCUGAGAAACUCACAGGCCCAGAGAUGGAUUCAGACUCCUCCAUCCCACCUCAUGAUAAGCAUGCUGCUAAACCAGAGGAUGUCUACAAGGUGGAGAGCAUCAUUUCCCCAGAAGUGUUUGAAGCUCUGAAAGAUGUGGCUGGAGUCUUUGUGAAGGCAACAAAAGAAGACAUCUCUAAGUGGAGAACAGAGGGAAGGUUAGUUCAGAUUACAUUUAUUUUGCAUGGGAGGUGCUUAUGUCAUUCUACACUGGUGAAAAUUGUAGACUGGUAAAUUAAUAUUGUCUGU